AUCCACAUUUCCUUCAGGGCAGGAGAGGGAAGCACAAGGCAGCAGUGUCAGCUUCCAUUGCUCUCACUUGUGAUAGUGUCAGGUGUACUUUGAGCAGACUUGUGUUUGGCCUGGCCUUGCACAGGAUGGGUGGGGUAAUGUGGUGUGUGUUUGCACAGACAAGGUGAAAUCAGUUAUGAUACAUGCUCGGGCAAGGAGCGGGCUUGAAUGGAAUCUUUUUUUCCUUCCUCCAACGCUCGAGAGGCUGCACACUGAGGGAUUAUUGAAAAUGUCUGAGUUAAAUGUCGCAAUGGAGGCCACCAGUGAGACCACAAAAAUCCUGGAGAAGGGUCCCGAGUACCUUCGAAAGCAAAUGGAGCUGGAGGGGGAGACCAAAGGACGCAUGAGCGCAGUGGAGAGGUUGGCUGCGACCAAACCCAAGUAUGUGAAGAGCCAGCAGGUGGUCAACUCCAUCCAGGAGCCUGCGAUCAGUCUGGGGUCAGCUUCAGUGAGCAGCACGGGGUCUUCAAACCGCAGCUCGAACCGUGGAGGGAAUGUUCUAGCAGGAGGUGGUGUUGUGAAAAGCUGCUCACCGGGACAGGUAAGGCGCACCAGCUCCAAAAAGCGCCCGGACUCUCUGCUGCUCUACAGGCAGAAAUGUGAGCUCCUGGGAGGUGCAGCAAAAGACAGGAAACACCGUAUGACACGUAAACUACUGGUGAACAACACUGUGAAUAAAAAUGCCCCGUUACUUAAUGAGCGUGAGUCUGAGGGGGAUAAGGAAUCAGGCACCGCCACACCUGAGGAGAGCGGCGCGCCCGGAGAGCAGCAGUGGAGGAGGCGGGUCGAGUCUGGGACAAAGGUGACAGCUGCUCUGCUCGCAGUCCCCGAGUUUGAGAGGAGGUCCGGCAGGAGUGUGGGUCGCUCCCACUCGGACAUCAGCUCCAGGUACUCCAAGAACUUCGCGGACUUCGACGCUUUCUUCAAGUACUGCGGGCUGGAUGGCGAGAUCGUCGAGUCCCUGGGGCGGGAGAACUUCUCUGCGCGCUCGGACGAGAUCUCUAAAAACAUCCGCAGCGUGAGCGUGUCCACGUCGGAAGGAGGCUUCUCCAGGAGCAGCGGGGACAGCGACGGGCUGCUGCAGGAGGAGCUGCACGUCAACAUGCGGCAGGGGACGUCGGUUAUCGAGCGCAACGCACGGAUUAUCAAGUGGCUGUACAGCUGCAAAAACGCCAAAGAGACUGGGAAGAAGUUACGAGACCUUAACUGAGAUGUUUUCUUCUUCCUGCAGUGACAUAUGCUUGUCAGCCUUCGAGUGUAUAUAAAAACACACAUUACAAACACACCAUACAUAGACUAUGCAUCAACCUUAACGUGUGAAAAGUGUUAAAUGUGCAUGUUUGGACCUGCACAAUGACUGACAGACAUUUGAAGCCAGUGAAGAGAUGUCAUUCUUGGGUAUUGGAUGCGGAGAACGGUGACUUUUCUUUUGGUCUGUGUGUGUGUGUGUGUGUGUUUGUGGGUUGCAUGAAAGCACACAGAUACUAACUAGUCAAUCUUUAUCUUGUAAAUGUUUGUUUUCUUGUUCUUUAGAUUGUAAACCAGGUGCAUUCUUCUCGGUCAGAGAGUGAUUUCAGUGUCAAAGGUCAAGACUUUCUGCCAUAGUGGGGGCGAUAUGGUCAAAAAUGAUACCAAGAAUUCAUAUCAGGCAACAUAGUUAGCACAAUAACUAUCGUAUUUCUUUAAAGUUUGAAUUCUGCUCAUGAGUAGCGGUUGUGGAUUCAAACUCUUCUUCAUGAGCAGAGGAUAACAAACAUGAUGAACAGCAAAACAUUACACACAUCUGAGGUAGAUCAAUAAUGUGUUAUAUCUCAUUACUGUGUUCACACAAUGCUUAAACAUUAUAUAUUUAUUUAAUGGGCUUUUAUUAUGUUGCUAUUGAUGAAAAUUAUAUUGCAAUGAUUAUCUCUAAGAUGUUAUUGCCCAGCCAUACUUUUUGCAUAUGUAUACAAAUCCAGGAUAGUUCACAGAUUUCAGUUUCAGCAAUAAAGAUUAGCUACAUACCAAUUAUUGGAACUGACCCAGUUCUGUUUUUUUUUAUUUGAAUACUGAUUUGUUAACACAUACAUUACAACCAAUGGUUGAUAAAUUCCGUGAGAGCAAAUGUUUAGUUGCCAGGUUGGGAAACAAUGCUGAAUAAAUUGAUAAGAUUGAGAUUGAGAUUGAGAUCAGAUACAUGCUUAUCACUCUCACAAUGGGAUUUUUCACAUUACGACUAUCCACAAAACAUUAGGCCUUAUACCUGAUCUGUGAAGAAUUACUUUUGUUACUUAUUAUUUUUGUUAUUUGUUUCAAUUUAUAAACUCUUGAUAAAUCCAACUUAAAAUGGGUGACUUUAGCAAUCAUAAAGGAUAAUAGCUUAGAGUUCAUGUUACGCCACACAGUUUUAUAUUAGAAAUGUCAAUAAGGCAGCUGUGCUCCUUACAUGUUAUAGUGGCCAAGUGUUUCUGAUCAACAUUUCAUUUCAUUGGACCAGAAGGAUUGUAAGAUGUUGUUAUUUUCCAGCCACUGAAUCAGUUGUUUCGUGGAUCCUGUGUGAGAGGAGAGCAAUGUUCCUUAUAAUCUGAGGGUUUAUGUCCACUGACCCAUUUAACUCUAUCUCCACUUUAGCCCGAUCUCUGCCGGUUUCAUCUCCUCACCACAGUCUGUCUGUUUCUGCCUUUUGGCCAACUUUGUUUAACUGAUCAAAGCUCAGAGGGUGUACGAGUGGGGAGAAAAAAAAGCAAAGGCCAGUCUAAUGAUGAUUUCUUGUUUUAAAAAAUUACCACUCACACUGUUUCUCUCUCACACAUGGAGAAAACAAAGAGCACUCAGCUGUGCUAGGGUUGUAAACACACCUUUCACUUCCCCAUAAGCCUGAAGGACUAUUUUACUUCAAGACAAGUCACGUCUUGUCUUAUCCACUCUUUUCCAGAACUCCAGGUGACUUCUUAUUCAGUCUCAUGAUUCAGUUACAAAUAUGUUCUCAUUUGUAUAUCAAUAUGAUUAGUGACUGAAAAUAUACACUGCUUGCAUUGCUGUUGGCUUAUAUGUUCUUUUAUCAGGAUUUUAAUGCAAACAUGUUACUCUGCUCUCAGACAAAUUUACAUUGACUGAAAUAACAGCAACAACUGUAUUAUACUUUACCCAAAGCAGCAUAACAGCAAAUUUGUGUGAUCUUGUUUUAUAUUGAAGUAUUAUCAAGUUUGUCAAACUUUUCUUAUCAUUGCAUAACGGUUUUCAAGAAAACAAUGUUGGAUAGAUGA